AUCCAUUUUCAACUUCAAGGUGGUAGCAGUGAUUCAUCUCUCAGGCAGUUCGUUAAUAUUAAAUAGUUACUUUGUCUUUAGCCGUUGUGUUAUGGUUACGUUUAACGAACUGUAAAUGGACACCGAAGUUCAGGGUUUGUUUUAAUCUUCCAGAUUAACUCAUGAGGAACUCAGAAAAGCUGAAGCAUCACAGUGUUAACAACCAUCAAAAGGAUCAGUCAUUUGCAUGUCGUUUGUCACACCCUCUACCGUCCUUUAGUAAUUCAUGCCAAGUGCCGUCUUAAAUAGGUUUUGCCCCUAUUGGCUGCUACGACUAUUGUGACGUAGAAAAUUAAAGUUGUAGUUAACUGCAGUGAAAAGUCCCAUAAUUUUUUUGAGCAGAUUGCGCCGUAUAUGAUUGGGUUAUGUGAGCGACAAUUUGUUGUAAAUUCUUUCUGUGAAGUUUUAUCAUUUUUCAGUGUACGAACUUUUCAUAAUUAUUAACUGAUAAUUUGACUGCUAGCUGUCAUAUGAUGACACACUGUGGAAGUAGACUGAAAAUAGUGAAAAAUGUUAAGGUAGUAGAAAAUACAGUGCAGCGUGAAGUAAUAUUGAAGGAAAAGGAAGUUUUAAAGGUUGAACCAGAUGAAUGUGUGAGUUCCAUUCACAACCGACAUACCUCUGAAAAUGCUGUUCGUGAGUGUGAGGAGGACUUUGAGUUUGUUAUGGUGAAGAAUGAAUUACAGGAUGACUCAUUCUGUGAAGAGGGUUUCGGUUUGCCAGAAAGACAAAUUUCAAGAAGCUGUGAAGAAUUGAAUGAUCUUCAUGAAAAAUCUGCUACUGGUGCUGGUUGUAGUGGAUUUUCAUCUGAGCGACAUACAAAGAAUGUGGACAAUACCCAGUUUGCACCUGGUAGUAAGCAGACUUUUCAUAUGUGUGGAGAAUGUGGUAGGAUUUUCAAGAAGCCCAGCAAAUUGAAAUCACAUGUGUUAGUUCAUACUGGUGAAAAACCUUUCAAGUGUGAGGUGUGCAACAGAGGAUUUAAGUCCAUAUACCACUUAAAGACACACUGUAAAAUUCACACAGGAGAGAAACCGUAUGUGUGCAAUAUAUGUGGCAAGGAAUUCUCGCAACCACGUCAUUUGAAAACGCACAUGCUUAUCCAUACGUGUGAGAAACCAUAUUCGUGUAAAGUGUGUAACAAAGAGUUUGCACAGCUGGGAAAUCUCAAUAAACAUGUAUUUAUCCAUACUGGAGAAAAGCCACAUGUAUGUACUGUAUGUCGUAAAGAGUUUUCUCGACUUGACAAUUUAAGAACUCAUUCUCUGAUCCACACUGGUGAAAAGCCUCAUGUAUGUGAAGUGUGUGGCAAGAUGUUUCAGCAUGGCAGCAAUUUCUUAAGACAUAAACAGAUCCACAGACGAGACUAGCUUUGAAUUCAUGUGAUGAUUACUGUUAAUACAGUAGAACUAAACUUGUUGGAAUGAGUCAAGUUAUAUGCUUGAAACAAGUACAAAACAUUAUAUUGUAAGAUUGCAAUAUCAGGAGUAAGUGUUGAAAUCUGUAAAUAAGUAUAUACAGGAUGUC